CGAUGUCUAUACAGUUCGAGGAGCCGGCGUUGACUGCGGGUUACGAUAUCGUAGGCUCGUUUCCCAAAAGUUUCGGUUACGGGCUGGAGGAAGGCGACAUGGUGGAGAGCGGCGUGUCAGCUGACAAGCCCAGGAUCCUGCUGAUGGGGCGGAGGCGCAGCGGAAAGUCGUCCAUUCAGAAGGUUGUUUUUCACAAAAUGUCACCCAAUGAGACUCUGUUUCUGGAGAGCACCAACAAAAUCUACAAGGAUGACAUCUCCAGCAGCUCCUUCAUCAACUUCCAGAUCUGGGACUUCCCUGGCCAAGUGGACUUCUGCGACCCGACAUUCGACAGCGAGAUGAUCUUCAACGGAACAGGCGCUUUAAUCUUUGUCAUUGACGCCCAGGAUGAUUACAUGGAGGCUCUUGAAAAGUUGCAGGUGACUGUGUCAAGAGCGUACAAAGUAAAUCCUGAUAUCAACUUUGAGGUUUUCAUCCAUAAAGUUGAUGGUCUCUCUGACGACCACAAAAUAGAAACACAAAGAGACAUUCAUCAGAGGGCCAACGAUGACCUAGCAGACGCUAGCCUGGAGAAAGUUCACCUCAGCUUCUAUUUGACCAGCAUCUACGACCACUCCAUAUUCGAGGCCUUCAGCAAAGUUGUCCAGAAGCUGAUCCCCCAGUUGCCUACUUUGGAGAACCUCCUGAACAUCUUCAUAUCUCAUUCUGGGAUCGAGAAGGCCUUCCUGUUCGACGUGGUCAGCAAGAUUUACGUGGCCACGGACAGCUCUCCUGUGGACAUGCAGUCCUACGAGCUCUGCUGCGACAUGAUCGAUGUCGUCAUUGACGUCUCCUGCAUUUACGGUCUGCUGGAUGAUGGCAGCGGCUGUGCCUAUGACAAGGAGUCCUUGGCCAUUAUCAAGCUUAACAACACCACCGUGCUUUAUUUGAAAGAGGUCACGAAGUUUUUGGCUCUUGUUUGCAUCCUCAGAGAGGAGAGUUUCGAGAGGAAAGGUUUAAUAGAGUACAAUUUCCACUGUUUCCGAAAAGCCAUCUAUGAGGUGUUUGAAGUCGCUGCCUCCACCCAAAGUGCUGUCCUGAAGAGUUCCAACUCGUCGAGCAGCAGCCUAAAAUAUGCUGCACUGAAUGGGAACGGCGUCUAAACGUAAUCGCAAAAUGCUAUGACCCCCCCCCCGGCUUGUCGCCUUGUUUAGUGUCGCUGACAGGUUUGUCAAAAUUCCGCGGGAUGCGUACAUGGCGUAUUUAGUCUCCCAAAUUGUGCGUAAUCCUUGCUGUGAAGAUGCUGUCAGCUUUGUGUACUUACUCAGCCAGUUAGUUGUGCAGCCCAACACAUUUGGGGCACAGCUGAGGUUUCUUUCGAUCACACUCAUCUUUGUCUCUGCUCGUCUCUCUUUGAAAUGUUUAACCAUAAUGGGCCUCACACACCCUGUGCAGUUCCCUAAUAUUACAGGGGCUUUACAUUUAAGUUUCCUAAGGCCCAAAAAUGCAAUUCCAAAGGCCGUGAUGAUUUAUUUUUUACUGUACAUAUUUUCUAUUAAUAAAAUGUUUCUAUUUUGAUGAUUGAAGCUCA